AUGGACUCCCCAGCAGCAGCGAAUGUUUUGGGGACUCUUGGUGCUGUCUGCUGGUCCAUCCAGCUCAUCCCCCAGAUCGUCAUCAAUUACCGCCGCCACCACGCCAUCGGCCUCCAGCCCUCCAUGAUGAUGCUGUGGGCCUGGGCCGGCGUCCCCCUGGGCGUGUAUAACAUUGUCCAGGACUUCAAUGUUGCCCUGCGCAUCCAGCCACAGAUCCUGACGCUGCUCAGCCUGGUGACCUGGAUCCAGUGCUACUAUUACGAGAGGAAAUGGACCGUCGCCCGCGCCCUCGCUGUCGUCGUCCCCGUUGCGGCCCUGAUGGGUGGCAUCCAGGCGGCCCUCAUCGUCGCCCUGCGCAUCGCCCGCCAUGCCGAGACCGAGUGGCCCCUCACGCUCAUGGCCGUGCUCUCGGCCGUGCUCCUCGCCGCCGGCGUGCUGACGCACUACUGGGACAUCUGGACGCACCGCACCGUGCGCGGCAUAUCGUUCCUCUUUGUCGGCAUUGACGCGCUCGGCGACGUCUUCUCGCUCGCGUCCGUCGUCUUCCAGCCGCGCCUGGAUGUCCUCGGCAUGGUCAUCUACGCGACCGAGCUGGUCCUCUGGAUCGGUGUUUUUGCUGCCGGGGGCUGGUAUAACCUGCGACCGUGGAUGCGGGGCAAGCUGAGCAAGGGCGGAGAAGGGGAGGAUGAGUCGCCUGCUGCUGACGGGCCGGGUGUGCAGAUGGACGGUAUCACGGCGCAUGGAAACCACUCGUCGACUUCGGUCUUUCGGACGGCCUCGAGGGAGGAGGCCAGCGGGGUACAUCACAGGACGGUCACUUCACUCAGGGGGAGCGUAGAAGGAUGA